AAAAUGAAUCCAUUGAAUAAGAUUAUUUUCCUUUCAGCAUUUCUAGCUUCAGGUUUCUUGUUAAUUCUCUUAUCAUGUGCAUUAUUCAACAAUUGGAAACCACUUUGGGUGAUAUUAUUAUUCUUGUUAGCACCAUUACCAAAUAUUGUUGCUCAAUCAGUAGACAGUCAUCGGGAUGAUUUUUUAACAUUCUCAAAUGAUCAUGGGAAUACCCCAACCGCAUUAAAGGAAUUUUGUCAACAUUUUACUGGUUUCCUUAUUGUUAGUGGUAUAGCAUUACCGUUGACAUUGUACCAUUCCAAUCUCAUCGAAUUAGGUGCCAUGACCAUGAGUAUAGUUGGAGGGUUGGUUGUUUAUUGUGCCAUCAUUGUCUUUAUUUGGUUCUUUAGUGAGGAUGAAGAAGAAAAUGAUGAUUUCAACUUUUAA